AGCUCACACAACAAAAGUUAAAGCCUCCCAACAAACUAGGAGUUCCAGAAGCUGGAACCAAAGACCUUUUCGUCGGAGAGAACAGGGUUCCUGAAAGUUACUGCUGCUACAGUGCGCUAGUUACACGACAUUUCCGGGUUUCCACUUUAGCGCUUUCUUCAAAUCAAGCUGAAACAUUAAAAAAGAUUACUGGUAGAAAGUGUUGAAUAUAAAAAGAAAUUUCCGCUGUAUCAGUUGACCAUGCGUGAGGCACGUGACCUCAUGUAUUCAACUUCCUUAUAUCGUGAGCGUGUUUGUUUACACUAACCUAGAGCAUGUUAGGCAUUAACUGGCAUCUGCAGCGACGUUGAACUUAUAUUUCUGUCAGCAGUCAGAUGAUUUCUCUCUAGUCUCUAUCGUCUUGGAUGCAGCAGGGUGUACAAUGAAAUCCCUUCCAUGGAUCUGGUGCGCCCUUGUCCUGCUGUUUCUCUGUACUGCUGAUGCAGACAGUGGUAGAAAACCUAAUUUUGUCUUUAUGAUGGUGGACGAUUUAGGAAUUGGAGACCUUGGAUGCUACGGAAACACAACCCUCAGGACACCUAACAUUGACAGACUGGCCCUGGAAGGGGUGAAACUGACCCAACACAUAGCUGCUGCACCGCUCUGCACUCCCAGCAGGGCGGCUUUCCUCACGGGCAGAUACCCUAUCCGGUCAGGUAUGGCAGCAAGUGGGCGUAUGGGAGUUUUUCUCUUUUCUGCAUCGUCAGGAGGCCUUCCACAAGAAGAAAUCACCUUUGCCAAGGCUGUCAAAGGGCAAGGCUAUUCUACUGCUGUAAUUGGGAAAUGGCACUUGGGUCUCAACUGUGAGGAGAGUGAUGACCACUGCCACCAUCCUAACUCUCAUGGAUUUGACCACUUCUACGGCACCAUUAUGACGCACCUUCGGGACUGCCAGCCUGGACAUGGCACUGUCCUACUUUUUGUCCGUGGUUACAUCCCAUACAAUGCCCUUAGUAUUGGUCUAGUUUCUGUGGCAUUACUUCAUAUUGCAGGGAUGAUAACUGUGAGCAGGAGGGUAGUUUUUGGUUUUCUGGUUCUGGUGGGGGUAGUGUUGAGUCUCUUUGGUUUGUUGGUGUACACAUUCCCCAAUCUAAAUUGCUUUGUCAUGCGAGGGCCGGAGAUUGUGGAGCAACCAUAUUCAUCAGAGAACUUCACACAAAGGAUGACCAGUGAAGCCAUAGAGUUUCUGGAAAGGAAUUCAGAGAGGCCAUUCUUGCUCUUCUUCUCAUUCCUUCAAGUCCACACUGGACUUUUUGCCUCUCAUCCCUUCAGGGGAAGGAGUCAGCAUGGCCUCUAUGGUGAUGCUGUCAUGGAGGUAGACUGGAGCGUAGGUCAGAUCAUGCAGACCUUGGAGCGCUUAAACUUGAAGGAAAAAACAUUGGUGUACAUGACUUCAGAUCAGGGGCCUCACCUGGAAGAAAUUUCCAUCCAUGGAGAGAUGCAUGGGGGUUUUAGCGGCAUAUACAAAGCUGGCAAGUCAACCAACUGGGAAGGUGGGAUUCGGAUACCAGGGAUACUUCGUUGGCCAGGUGUCUUACCUGCCGGGAAGGUCAUUGAUGAGCCCACAAGCAACAUGGAUAUUUUCCCCACAGUGCUGAAUUUAGCUGGUGCUUCCAUACCCAGCGACAGAGUCAUAGAUGGUCAUGAUCUCUUGCCUCUGCUGCAAGGGCAAGUGGAGCAUUCUGAACAUGAAUUUAUGUUUCAUUACUGCAAUGCAGAACUGAAUGCCGUCAGAUGGCACCCACCUAACAGUAACGCAAUCUGGAAGGCCUUUUUCUUUACCCCUGACUUCCACCCAGAAAAUAGCUCUGCCUGCUUCCACACUCAUAUCUGCCUUUGCAUCAAGCCAUUCGUCACGUUCCAUGACCCUCCGCUGCUUUAUGACCUGUCGAAAGACCCGACAGAAAGCACCCCCUUGAGUCCUGACACCGAGCCCCAGUUCUACUCGGUUCUGGAGGUCAUAAGGGCAGCAGUAAGCCGUCAUGCACAGAGCCUGAAGCCUGUUCCAGUACAAGUUUCUCCUCGACAAAUAGUAUGGAAGCCCUGGCUCCAGCCCUGCUGCUCUUCUCUUAGUCAGCUGUGCACAUGUGAACGAGAUCAUCAGAUAGAGAAGAUACGAAAUAAGCUUCAAAAAGAAUAGACUGGUACUCAAAGUCCUAUGGUUUUAGUGCACAAGAAGGGAAUGUAAUUCUUAUAAGGACAGUCCCAAUCCUGUAUGACUUAAUUUCCCUGCAGAACAUACACACAAAAAGCUAUUUUGGUUCAUAAAAGAAGAAAAUUAGUAACCAAACAGUUUUGGUGACCAUUGACUUCUUUUAUCUUCUAUGUCUUCUUUUGUGAUCUUUAUUUAGAAAAAAAAAAGUCAUACAGGUUUGAAUCAAAAUGAGGGUGAGUAAAGAUGAAGUUUUAAUUUUUGGGUGGUCUCUAUAAUAUUAGUUAAAUUGGUAAAUUAAAAUUGUGGUCACAUUUUCACAAUUUUGACUUAACAACUCACAAUUGUGUGUUAUAAAGUCAGAAUUGUGAGAUAUAAACUCACAAUUCUGAGAUAAAAAGUCAGAAUUGUGUUUUAUAUCUCCCAUUUCUGACUUUUUCUCAGAAUUGCAACUUCAUUUCUCACAACUGCAUGAUACAAACUCACAAUUCUGACUUUUUUUCAGAGAAAUACAUGAUACAAACUCACAAUUCAAUUUUUUUUUUUUCUCAGAAUUGAAUACAAACUCACAAUUCUGACUUUUUUCCCCAGAACUGCAUGAUACAAACUCAUAGUGCUGACUUUUUUUCUCCAAACUGCAUUAUAUAAACUCACAAUUCUGACUUUUUCCCGAGAAUUACGAUACAUACUCACAAUUGACUUUUUUUUCCCUCACAGUUCUGACUUUAUAACCCACAAUCAUGCAAUUCUCACUUAAUUUCUCAGAAUUGCAAGUUUCUAUCUCACAAUUCUGAUUUAUUACUCACAAUUGCUAGUUUGUAUCUCACAAUUCUGAGAACAAAAGUCAGAAAUGUGAGUUUGUGUCAUGCAGUUCUAAGAAAAAAUGUUGUGAGAAGUAAACAAUUGCGAGGGGAAAAAGUCAGAAUUGUGCAAGGAAAAAGUAAUUACCUUUUCUUAUUAUUAUUUAGUGGCGGAAACUGCCAUAAGAUAGCACAUCAUUUGUUGCACCAGUGUUUGCAGUCACAGCCAGGUUCUCUGCCCUGAGUUCUGUAUUCCUCCUAGUCUGGAGAUGCAUCAUCCUGAUUGAACAUCGUAAGGUCAGGGAUUUUGUGAAGGAGUAAUUACUACCUUUAUGCUCGUAAGCUUUGAUCUAGCAUGCAGCCGGUAACGACUCAAUACCCGUAAUGCCUCUUACAGGCUUUGGUGCUCUAAGGGUUUUUUUUUUUUUUUUUGUGGUAUUUUUGGUAUCCAAUCUGUUUUGCUUAUUUUUGUGACUAAUCAGGCUGCACUGAAUGGUUUACAAUUUUUGCCAGCCAUAAGAGGCUCUCCACGCUCUCAACAUCAUGUUCAUUACGCUAAUCUCAUCACAUUAAAAAUGGUCUGAAUCAGGAAAUAAAAAAGAUGUUUUGCCUAA